GCCUCUGCGGUCAUGUGGAAAGCAUGUUGGAGGCAGUUGGAGCAUGUGAAGAGACGACAAAUUACACACGUGUUUCCGAUAUCGGCAUUUUUCCAUCUACCGAUUCAAUCAUAAACUCAAGCAAUAUUUAAUUGAUUGAUCUUUAAUUCGCGGACAACAUGUACAGAGUCAGAAAUUUUGGGGAAGAGAGGUCCAGGACGUUGUACGUUCGUCUUCCACACACAAUCCGCAACACAAAAGAAGUGCAAGCCCUUUUCGACGGGGAUGCAAAGGUCAAGCUACCAAGACAGUCGUCAAGAUCGUGUCACGUGAUAUUCCCAACCGUAGAGGAGAAGAUAAAAGGUUUGAAGCAUGUCAAGGAGAAAACAGUGGAUGGUAAACAUGUUAUCGCUUUCAAUCCCAGAACACAACCAAUGGAGAAUAAACCCAGUAGGAAAAAAAUCAAAGUUCCACAGCCCAAGGCGCCACCUAUACCCAAAAUAACGCAGACCCUGUUUGUGUCCAACAUCCAUAAUAAGACGAAAGUAGAAGAACUGAAGCAAGCAUUUCCGGGUUGCACAUCUGUUGGUAUGCUGGAAUUGAAUUCAAGUGGUCUAAGGUCUGCAUUUGUUAAAAUGGAUAGCUUAGAGUCUGCUAGUCAGUAUUUGAAAAAGGAGAAGGAUUGGCCACUUGUUCAUGGCAAUGCACUGUUCCUCCGUGCUGACAACAGAACAUUAAAGAAGGGAAGACGAGGGACUAGAGGGAAGAAGCUUAAAAUCUCCGACAAAGAUGGCGAUCAAAAUAAAAAUAAAUCCGAAACUCUUAACCAAACGGACAAGAGCAACAAAAAAUUAAAACAGAAUAACAAUAAGCUUAAGAUUGAGUCCAAACCUGAUUUUCAGUCUAGUACUGAAACCAAAUUGCAUUCUAAGUCUAAGGGUGAGCUUGAAACUAAACCCGAAAAGGAAUAACAACUGCCAAUUUCGAUCCAAUCUCGUUAUAAUAAUUAUUUUCGUCGCUCCUGAAUUAUCCAUUGUUCUCUUUACGAUUUGAGUAGUUUAAUAUUAAUUACAUAUAAGUGGAACGAUUUGAAUAUAUAUUUAUCUUUCGUA